AUGGUGAUGGAAAACGUCUCUUCCUCUUCGCUGUUCUCAACCAGCUCCACCACUCAGCAUGAAAACUCCACUGUGUCCAAUUACUUCUCUGGCCUCCAAAGGAGCAUGCAUAUCCUUUCCAUGGUGGUCUACAGCCUUGCGUGUCUGCUGGGGGUGACGGGCAAUGGCCUUGUCAUCUGGAUCGCUGGCUUCAAGAUGAAGAAGACAGUAAAUGCCGUGUGGUUUCUAAACCUGGCUGUUGCUGAUUUCAUCUUCACCUUUUUUCUGCCCUUCAGCAUCGCCUACACUGCCCUGGGCUUUCACUGGCCAUUUGGGAAGCUCCUGUGCAAACUGAACAGCACCAUUGCCUUCCUCAACAUGUUUGCUAGCGUCUUCCUCCUAACAGUGAUCAGCAUAGACCGGUGCAUUUCGGUGAUUUGCCCUGUGUGGUCUCAUAACCACCGGACACCAAAGUUGGCUUCCAACAUUGCCCUGGUCACAUGGGUCCUAGCCUUCAUCAUCAGCUCUCCGUAUCUUGUUUUUCGAGACACGGCUACUAAUUCGAAGAACGUCACCAGCUGUUACAAUAACUUUGCCCUGUCUGAUGACUAUAAAUCUGAGGCGACACGUCGGCUGUGGAGAAUGAGGCACAAAGCGAUGAUCGUAACCAGAUUCUUAUGUGGGUUUCUCAUCCCCUUCACCGUGAUCCUUGUCUGCUACAGCAUCAUUGCCGUCAGGAUGAAAAGGAGCCAUCUAGCCAGGUCCACUAAGCCUUUCAGGAUCAUUGUUGCUGUCACAGUGUCUUUUUUCCUCUGCUAUUUCCCGUACCAUGUCUUCUGCUUGCUGGAAAUGUCUAAAAACUCUUCCAAUCAGGAGCUGAAAAUGGCCCUUUACAUAGGGAUCCCCUUGGUUUCCAGUCUUGCCUUCUUCAACAGCUGUAUCAACCCCAUCCUCUAUGUCUUUGUGGGGCAGGACUUCAAGGAGAAGUUCCGACAGUCCAUCCUCUCCGCCUUCGAGGGGGCCUUCAGUGAGGACUCCAUCCUGACCACCCUGGCCAGCAAGAGAAAAUCCAGAGCCACUUCUGAAGCAGAAAUUCCGGGGGUUUAA